AGUUUGAUUGGCAGUUUGGUGUGAUCGAUUUCAUGAAAUUAUGCUUCUUUUAUAAUCUGCUGAAAGCAGAGAAGUUAAUGGUUUUGAAACAGGGAGAGAGAGAGACGCUUACUUGGAAAUUUCUUAUAGUUAUCCUCAUAUUUCAAGAUAGCAGACGUAAUCAUGUGACAUUGAUGUAGAUAUCUACAGAACCUGAAAGACAAGAUGUCUGUGACAAUAUCAAACAUCACUUCUAUUGUGACGUCAUCAAUAAAUUCAACAGAAAGAAUGAAUACGUCACUGGUUACGUGUACUCCCGGUGACGCGUUAUUCUUAACCAGCGUCAAUAGUUCGUCACUUACCCCUUUACAAGUAUUUGGAGUUUCGUAUGCCUACCUACAUGGAUACAUCAGUAUUUGUGUUUGUCUUUUUGGUUUCAUGGCGAACAUGGCAAACAUUAUAGUAUUGACAAGGAAAAAUAUGAUUUCAUCGACAAAUUUCAUCUUAACGUGGCUGGCUAUAGCGGAUUUAUUUACGAUGCUUGAUUACUUCCCAUUCGCAGUGCAUUUUUACAUCCUGAAAGAUGUGGAUUUACCCCCGCUGUUUACCCGUGGCUACGGUUGGAUUUGUUUUCUUUUGUUCCAUGGCAGCUUCAGCAUAUGUUGUCACACAAUAGCAAUAUGGCUAACAAUAGCACUGGCUAUUUUUAGAUUUUUAUACAUAUGGUUUCCAACAAGAGGUAGCACGUUAUGUUCACUGGAUCAUGCUAAAAAAGUCAUCGUUGUGAUAAUUGUCAGUACAAUUAUAUUCACAAUACCUAACGUUAUUGCAAACGACUUUGAUUUUGUGGAUGUGUGCGAGAAAACCAUCAAUACAACAAACACAAGCACUGUGAUAUAUAAAAGAGAAAAAAUAUACAAAUGGAAACUCCGACAAGAAAAUGCCUUCUUUCAAUUUAACGAAUCUUUAAACUUUUUUGUGCAAGCCAGCUUGAUGAAAAUAAUUCCAUGUAUAAUGCUGACACUUCUUACAAUCUUGCUUGUUAUUGCCAUGCAUCGAGCGUAUAAAAGACGAAUGGCUUUAAAGAACAAGGGUAAGAAAGAGGACUCGGACAAACACAAUGAACACAACCGCACUACGUUAAUGUUACUAGCAGUUGUGGUUUUGUUCCUAAUUACAGAGCUACCACAAGGUAUCAUGACAAUUCUCAACAUAGUUGAUAUCGAAAGAUUUUACGAAAGUGUGUAUAUGCCUCUCGGUGACUUAUUUGACAUUACGGCUUUGUGUAACAACGCGAUAAACUUUGUCUUGUAUUGUACGAUGAGCACACAAUUCAGAGAAACUUUUCGUCAAACAUUCUGUAGUUGUUGCCCCAAAAUUCGUCCAGGAUGGAGAAAAAUGGGUGUGGCACACGCUGAAAGGAAUGGAGCUACAGUUACAACUACCCAUGUGUGAUAAUAGAUAUUUGUUCUGUAAUUCAAAAUUACAAUGGAUAUUCUGAAGCAUGGAUUUUCAGCAUUUGUGAGCAAAAGACAAAAUAUGGUAGUGACUGCAUAGGUUAAUAACUAUUUACAUGUAAUGCAUCUGUUUUGCCCAAAACUGAUGCAAAUCCUCUCUGUGUAUAUUUUUACGCUGUUGAUAAAACCGAAUAAGUAAAUGUACAGGUAUUUUAAGUUCGAGAAAUUCAGUCAGAAAAUAUUUAUAAAUAAUUAUUUUCAAAAAAUAUUUAAAUUUUUCUUUGUAAAUCGAACAAAAUGAUAAGAUAAUAAGAUCAUCAGGAAAAACUCGGGUUGUUUAUGUAUUUUAUACAGAACAGGUUCGACAUAACAUCCCCUACUUUCUUUUCCAUUUAACUGUUUUCUCUACUUCUCUACAUUUUUGUAUUGUCAAAGUGAAAGCAACAUUAUCAUCUACUUAAUAAUUAGAAUAUUGUACAAACUACCGUACACUAAUACAUAGUAAAUGACCGUGCACCGUUUAGAAGGUUCUGUCUGCACUCAUCUGUAUUUGUAGGUCACAAUGUUUAGAUACAUAUAUUAGUUGUUCCUCUUUUAACCAAUGGUCUUAAGAGUGGUCGGAUUUUUUUUACAUAUUAAUUAUUUGUUUAUCUAACGACUUCUGGCUUAUGGCUUGAGAAUUUGAUAAAAUAGUUUUAAUCAAAAGAAAGAUGCAACAAAAGUGUAGUGUAUCUUUCAUCCGAGUACUAAAUUUCCAAAUAAAACAGAAAUUGAUCAAGCUAACUUCAGAACUAGUUCAUACCAAAAUCAUUAUGGUUAUUUUUAAUACCAAACUUACAGAUUUAUAAUA